AUGAAGGCUUAUUUUGCCUCUGUACAACCUAUUGAUCUCUCUCAGGUCGAACCUAGUUCUUUCAAGGCUGCUUCUACAGUUUUUGAGUGGCAAUCUGCUAUGCAGGAGGAAAUUGAGGCUCUUCAUGCACAAGGCACUUGGGACUUGGUUCCUCUACCACCUGCUAAGAAUCUUGUAGGUUGUAAGUGGGUCUAUAGAAUCAAGAAGAAUGCAGAUGGUUCUAUAGCAAGACAUAAGGCUUGCUUGGUUGCUAAGGGCUUUAGUCAAGAGGAAGGUAUUGACUAUAGUGAAACCUUCAGUCCUUUUAAUUGGUCUUUAAGGCAACUUAAUGUUAAAAAUGCAUUUUUGCAUGGUAUUCUUCAAGAGGAGGUUUAUAUGACUCAACCCCAAGGCUUUGAGAGCAAGCUUCAUCCUUCUGACUUUGUUUGCAAACUAAGGAAGUCUUUAUAUGGUUUAAAACAAGCUCCUUGUGCCUGGAAUGAGAGAUUUACUAGUUUUUUUUUACCAAGUUUGGGGUUUCAAGCAUCUCUUGCAGAUCCUUCUUUGUUUGUUCAGCAUUCUUCUCUUGGCACUGUGGUCUUACUUCUCUAUGUAGAUGACAUCAUCCUUAGAGGCAGUCAUUCCUCUCUUAUUACAUCAGUUAUUGAAGCAUUAACUAAGGAAUUUGAUAUGAAGGAUUUAGGCCAGUUGAAUUAUUUUUUGGGACUGCAGAUUUCUUAUCAGUCUUCUGGUCUAUUUGUGUCUCAGACUAAAUAUAUCAAAGAAUUACUUGCUAGGGUUGAUUUACAGGAAUCGAAACCAUGUGCUACUCCUUGUCUUUCCUAUCAUCACCUGCUCAAGGAUGAUGGCAAGCCUUAUUCUCAUCCACAACAAUUCAGGAGUAUUGUUGGAGCUCUGCAGUAUCUCACCUUCACAAGGCCUGAUAUUGCCUUCUCAGUGAAUCAAGCUUGUCAAUUCAUGCAUCAUCCAAUGGAAUCUCAUGUUGUAGCAGUUGAGAGAAUCUUGAGGUAUCUUAAAGGUACCCUUGAUUUUGGAAUUCAUUUUCAGCCUGGUAUACUUAAUCUGCAGGCUUAUAGUGAUGCUGACUGGGCUAGUGAUCCAAAUGAUAGACGGUAUGUCUCAGGUUUUAUUGUUUACUUAGGGUCCAGUCCUAUUUCUUGGGCUUCUAAGAAACAACAUACUGUUUCUCGAUCCUCCAUUGAGGCCGAAUAUAGGGCUCUAGCUAUUGCUGCUGCAGAACUUGCCUAGAUUCGACAACUAUUCUGUGAUCUUCAUAUCCCUUUACAUAUUCCUCCUUUAAUCCAUUGUGAUAAUAUUUCUGCUAUUUCCCUUGCUUCAAAUCCAAUGUUCCAUUCAAGAAUGAAGCAUCUCCAGAUUGAUUAUCAUUUUGUCAAAGAACGUGUUAUCAAAGGUGACUUGCUGGUCCAGCAUGUCUCUUCUACAGACCAGUUUGCUGAUAUCCUCACUAAAGGUCUUUCAACUCCUUUAUUUCAGCACCAUUGUUCCAAUCUUAUGCUUGGCUCCUCCAAGCCUGCGAUUGAGGGGGAAUGUAAAGAUAUCAAAGGUCCUAGUCUUGCCACAUGUCAAGAGAUUAAAGAAUCAAGGUCCUAGUCUUGCCACAUGUCAAGAGAUUAAAGAAUCAAGUGGUUAAAAUGUUGUUAGUCAUGUUAGACAGUUAAGAAAGUCUGUUAGCAUUGAUCAAUGUAAGAAAGAGAGGUUAGAGAGGUUAGAGAACGUGAACAAGCUUCUAACUAUAGCUUGAUAUAAAGG